AUGACCAUCCACCACCACAAACAACUGAGCCCAGAUCCACAGUGGACCAACGGAGAGCUACAGAAGAGAGCUACAGCGGAGAGCUACAGCAGAGAGCUACAGCGCCAUAUCUACAGCAGUGAGCUACAGCAGAGAGCUACAGCGGAGAACAACAGCACCAUAUCUACAGCAGAGACACGGAAAGAGGGGGGGGGGGGGGGGGGGGGGGGGGGAGGGGGGGAGGGGGGGGGGGGGGGGGGGGGGGGGGGGGGGGGGGGGGGGGGGGGUGGGGCCACCGACCGUCGACCACAUCCAAAAGAUAAGACCGGACCGAAAGAAGAGGACGACGCCCAAGAAGCCGCACGGCAGACCGUCCUCGACCGUCGCCCCCCCUGA